GGGACUGAGAGGCCGCCCGGCGGCGCGGAUGCACAGCCUGCCUGCCCAAGAUCAAAGCCACCGGUGCUCUCUUUGUGUCCGCUCGGGAUUCGUCGCCCUGGGGCUGUCCAUGGAAACCUAAACUGCUGGAACCCGAAGCAGAGAGCCUCCCCCCCCACCCCUUCAGCUGCUUGCUUUUUUUUCGUGGGGAGGGUGGCCACUCCGACCUGGAUUUACCGUUCUUGGCCCCCGUGAGCCCCCCCGUGCGGGGGGCGGCUGUGAUCGCUCUGGCGGUUGGAGGUCGGGGAGCGGCCCGGGCUCUGGCCAUGUUCUCGGAUGAGGAUUUCUGGAUCGCCCUGUGAAGAGGUCUCCCCGAGAGGGCCCUGCCCAGUCGGAGAGAGGGAUGGCCAGCCAGAAGCCGCCUGGCGAGGAUAAAGACUCAGAACCGGCAGCUGAUGGAGCUGCAGCUUCUGAGGAGCCAGGCGCCCCUGAGCCCGAGCUUCCCAGCCCUCACGUGGGGGAGGCGUCUGUCCCCAGUCCUGGGAGUCCCAGGCUUCAAGGGCCUGGAGGGGACUGCAGUGAGGGUCCAGCGCGGCGCUGUGCUCUCUGUAACUGCGGGGAGCCUAGUCUGCAUGGGCAGCGCGAGCUGCGGCGCGUUGAGUUGCCGUGUGACUGGCCCCGGUGUCCAGUGGUAUCCCCUGGGGGGAACCCAGGGCCCAGUGAGGACCUGUCACAGAUUGGUUUCCCUGAGGGCCUUACACCUGCCCACCUGGGAGAACCUGGAGGGUUCUGCUGGGCUCACCAUUGGUGUGCUGCGUGGUCAGCAGGCGUGUGGGGGCAGGAGGGCCCAGAACUAUGUGGUGUGGACAAGGCCAUCUUCUCAGGGAUCUCACAGCGCUGCUCCCACUGCACCAGGCUCGGUGCCUCCAUCCCUUGCCGCUCGCCCGGUUGUCUACGGCUUUACCACUUCCCCUGUGCAGCUGCCAGUGGUUCCUUCCUGUCCAUGAAGACGCUGCAGCUGCUAUGCCCAGAGCACAGUGACGGGGCUGCACAUCUGGAGGAGGCGCGCUGUGCUGUCUGUGAGGGGCCGGGGGAAUUGUUUGACCUGUUCUUCUGUACCAGCUGUGGGCAUCACUAUCAUGGGGCCUGCCUGGACACUGCUCUGACUGCCCGCAAGCGUGCUGGCUGGCAGUGCCCUGAAUGCAAAGUGUGCCAAGCCUGCAGGAAACCUGGGAAUGACUCUAAGAUGCUGGUCUGUGAGACGUGUGACAAAGGAUACCAUACUUUCUGCCUAAAACCACCCAUGGAGGAGCUGCCUGCUCAUUCUUGGAAGUGCAAGGCAUGCCGGAUAUGCCGGGCCUGUGGGGCAGGCUCAGCAGAGCUGAGUCCCCACUCUGAGUGGUUUGAGAACUACUCCCUCUGUCACCGCUGUCACAGAGCCCAGGGAGGUCAGCCUGUCAGUUCUGUGGCUGGGCAGCACCCCCCUGUCUGUAGCAGAUUUUCACCCCCAGAGCCUGGUGACACCCCCACUGACGAGCCCGAUGCUCUGUACGUUGCAUGCCAAGGGCAGCCAAAGGGCGGGCACGUGACCUCUAUGCAACCCAAGGAACCGGGGCCCCUGCAAUGUGAAGCCAAACCACUAGGGAGAGCAGGGGCCCAACUUGAGCCCCGGUUGGAGACCCCCCUGAAUGAGGAGAUGCCACUGCUGCCCCUCCCUGAGGAGUCACCCCUGUCCCCGCCGCCUGAGGAGUCACCCACAUCCCCGCCGCCUGAGGCAUCGCGCUUGUCCCCGCCACCGGAGGAGUCUCCUCUGUCUCCUCCGCCUGAGUCGUCACCCUUUUCUCCACGGGAGAUGCCCCUGUCCCCGCCCCCUGAUGCAUCGCCCCUGUCCCCGCCGUUGGAGGAGUCCCCACUGUCCCCACCACCUGAGGAAUUGCCCACUUCCCCGCCGCCUGAAGCAUCGCGCCUGUCUCCACCGCCCGAGGAGUCGCCCAUGUCGCCCCCACCCGAGGAGUCUCCCAUGUCACCACCACCGGAGGCAUCGCGCCUGUUCCCGCCUUUUGAAGAGUCUCCCCUGUCCCCUCCCCCUGAGGAGUCUCCCCUCUCCCCACCACCUGAGGCCUCACGCCUGUCCCCACCACCUGAGGACUCACCCAUGUCCCCACCACCUGAAGACUCACCCAUGUCUCCCCCUCCUGAGGUGUCGCGCCUGUGCCCACCGCCUGAGGAGUCCCCCCUGUCCCCACCGCCUGAGGAGACUCCCACAUCGCCUCCCCCUGAGGCCUCACGCCUGUCCCCACCACCGGAGGACUCACUUAUGUCCCUGCCCUUGGAAGAGUCACCUCUGUCACCGUUGCCUGAGGCGCUGCCACACUGCCCCCGGCCUGAGGAACCACGACUCUGCCCGCAGUCUGGGGAGGCUCGCCUGUCUGCUCAGCCUGAGGAGCUGUGCCUGUCCCUUGCACUUGAGGAACCCCGUCUGUCCUCACAGCCUGAGGAGCUGCACCUGUCCCCUGUGCCUGAGAAGCCACACCUGUCCCCCCAGUCUGAGGAACCUCAGUUGUCCCCCCGGCCUGAAGAACCACGCCUGUCCCCCCAGUCUGAGGAACCUCAUCUGUCCCCCCGACCUGAAGAACCACGCCUAUCCCCCCAGUCUGAGGAACCUCAACUAUCCCCCCGGCCUGAGGAACCGCCCCCGUCUCCUGGGCCUGAGGAGCCACACCUGUCCCCUCAGCCUGAGGAACCUCAACUGUCCCCUCAAUCUGAGGAGCCACACCCGUCCCCUCGGCCUGGGGAGCCACACCCGUCCCCUCAGCCUGAAGAACCUGCCCUGUCCCCCCGGCCUGAGGAACCGCACCUGUCCCCCUGGCCUGAGGAACCACGCCUGUCGCCCCGACCUGAGGAGCCACACCUGUCCCCCAAGUCUGAGGAACCUCAUCUGUCUCCUCGGCCUGAGGAACCCGCCCUGUCCCCCCGGCCUGAGGAAUUGCACCUGUCCCCUCGGCCUGAGGAACCACACCUGUUGCCCGGGCCUGAGGAGCCACCCCUGUCACCCCAGCCUGAGGAGCCACCCCUGCCCUCUCGGCCUGAGGAGCCGCACCUGUCCCCCCAGCCUGAGGAGCCAGGCCAAUGCCCAGUCCCUGAGGCGCUGUCCUUAUUCUCCCAACCUGGGGAGCCACCUUUAUCUCCCUUGCUUGAAGAGCCAGCUCUGUCUGAGCCUGGGGAACCACCUCUGUCCCCUCUGCCUCAAGAGCUGCCUUUGUCUCCAUCUGGGGAGCCAUCUUUGUCACCUCAGCUGAUGCCACCAGAUCCUCUUCCUCCUCCACUCUCCCCCAUUAUCACAGCUGUGGCCCCACCAGCCCUGUCUCCUUUGGGGGAGUUAGGGUACCCCUUUGGUGCCAAAGGGGACAGUGACCCUGAGUCACCAUUGGCUGCCCCCAUCCUGGAGACCCCCAUCAGUCCUCCACCUGAAGCUCACUGCACUGACCCUGAGCCUGUGCCCCCCAUGAUCCUCCCCCCCUCCCCUGGUUCCCCACUGGGCCCGGCGUCUCCCAUCCUGAUGGAGCCCCUUCCCCCUCCAUGUUCUCCCCUCCUGCAGCGUUCCCUGCCUGCCCCAAGUCCUCCUCCCUCCCAGUGCUCUCCUCCUGCUCUGCCGCUGUCUGUGCCCUCCCCAUUGAGUCCGGUCGGGAAGGCAGAGGAGCUCUCAGAUGAGCCUGAGCCGCAUGAGAUGGAGACUGAGAAGGCCCCAGACCCUGAGUGCCCAGCCUUGGAACCCAGUGUCACCAGUCCUCUCCUCUCCCCAAUGGGGGACCUGUCCUGCCCUGCCCCCAGCCCUGCGCCAGCCCUGGAGGACUUCCCUGGCCUUGGGGAGGACGCGGCCCCUCUGGAUGGGAUGGAUGCUGCUCGUGCACAGCCAGAGGCUGGAGAGGCCCCUGGCAGUGAACUGAAGGGCUCCCCUGUGCUCUUGGAUCCUGAGGAGCUGGCCCCUGUGACCCCUAUGGAGGUCUAUGGCCCAGAAUGCAAGCAGAUGGGGCAGGGCUCGCCCUGUGAUGAGCAGGAGGAGCUGCGUGCAGCGGUGGCCCCCACACCACCCACUCUCAUCAAAUCUGACAUCGUUAACGAGAUCUCCAACCUGAGCCAGGGUGAUGCCAGUGCCAGUUUUCCUGGUUCAGAGCCCCUGCUGGGCUCUCCUGACCCUGAAGGUGGGGGCUCCCUGUCCAUGGAGCUCGGGGUAUCUACAGAUGUCAGUCCAGCCCGCGACGAGGGCUCCCUGCGGCUCUGUACUGACUCACUGCCAGAGACUGAUGACUCGUUAUUGUGUGAGGCCGGGACGGCCGUCAGCGGAGGCAAAGCUGAGGGAGACAAGGGGAGGCGCCGGAGCUCUCCAGCCCGCUCCCGCAUCAAGCAGGGUCGCAGCAGCAGUUUCCCAGGAAGACGCCGGCCCCGUGGGGGAGCACACGGAGGGCGAGGCAGAGGACGGGCCCGGCUGAAAUCCACUACUUCUUCCGUUGAGACUCUGGUAGUUGCUGACAUGGACGGUUCACCCAGCAAGGAGGAGGAGGAGGACGAUGACGACACCAUGCAGAAUACCGUGGUUCUCUUCUCCAACACCGACAAGUUUGUUCUGAUGCAGGACAUGUGUGUGGUGUGCGGCAGCUUCGGCCGAGGAGCAGAGGGCCACCUCUUGGCCUGCUCGCAGUGUUCUCAAUGCUAUCACCCUUACUGUGUCAACAGCAAGAUCACCAAGGUGAUGCUUGUGAAGGGCUGGCGUUGUGUGGAGUGCAUCGUGUGUGAGGUGUGCGGCCAGGCCUCUGACCCCUCCCGCCUGCUGCUCUGCGACGACUGCGACAUUAGCUACCACACAUACUGCUUGGACCCCCCACUGCUCACUGUGCCCAAGGGUGGCUGGAAGUGCAAGUGGUGUGUGUCUUGUAUGCAGUGUGGGGCUGCCUCCCCUGGCUUCCACUGUGAGUGGCAGAACAGUUACACACACUGCGGGCCCUGUGCCAGUCUGGUGACCUGCCCUAUCUGCCACGCUCCAUAUGUGGAAGAGGACCUGCUGAUUCAGUGCCGCCACUGUGAACGGUGGAUGCAUGCUGGCUGUGAGAGCCUCUUCACGGAGGACGAUGUGGAGCAGGCGGCCGAUGAAGGCUUUGACUGUGUCUCCUGCCAGCCCUAUGUGGUGAAGCCUGUGGCACCUGUUGCGCCUCCAGAGUUGGUGCCUGUGAAAGUUAAGGAGCCAGAGCCCCAGUACUUCCGCUUUGAAGGUGUGUGGCUGACGGAAACAGGCAUGGCGGUGCUGCGUAACCUGACCAUGUCGCCCCUGCACAAGCGGCGCCAGCGGCGCGGACGGCUUGGCCUCCCAGGCGAGGCAGGGCUGGAGGGCUCCGAGCCAUCAGAUGCCCUCGGCCCUGAUGACAAGAAGGAUGGGGACCUGGACACCGAAGAGCUUCUCAAGGGUGAAGGUGGCGUGGAGCACAUGGAAUGUGAAAUUAAAUUGGAGGGCCCCGCCAGUCCUGACGUGGAACCUGGCAAAGAGGAGACCGAGGAAAGCAAAAAACGCAAGCGCAAACCCUAUCGGCCUGGCAUUGGUGGUUUCAUGGUGCGACAGCGGAAAUCCCACACACGUGUGAAAAAGGGACCUGCUGCACAGGCGGAGGUGUUGAGUGGGGAUGGGCAGCCCGACGAGGGUGAGACGGUGAUGCCUGUAGAUCUGCCUGCAGAGGGCUCCGGGGAACAGGGCUUAGCAGAUGGAGAUGAGAAGAAGAAGCAGCAGCGGCGAGGGCGCAAGAAGAGCAAACUAGAAGACAUGUUCCCUGUGUACCUUCAGGAGGCCUUCUUUGGGAAGGAGCUGCUGGACCUGAGCCGAAAGGCCCUUUUUGCAGUUGGGGUGGGCCGUCCAAGCUUUGGACUAGGAACACCCAAAGCCAAGGGGGACGGAGGUUCAGAUAGGAAGGAGCCUCCCACCUCACAGAAAGGAGAUGAUGGCCCAGAUGUUGCAGACGAGGAGUCCCAUGGCCCCGAGGGCAAGGCUGACACACCAGGACCUGAGGAUGGGGGUAUAAAGGCAUCUCCAGUGCCCAGUGACCCCGAGAAGCCAAGUACUCCAGGUGAAGGGAUGCUUAGCUCUGACUUAGAUAGGAUCCCCACGGAAGAACUCCCCAAAAUGGAAUCCAAGGACCUGCAGCAGCUCUUCAAGGACGUGCUGGGGUCUGAACGAGAGCAGCACCUGGGUUGUGGAACCCCUGGCCUGGAAGGCAGCCGCACACCACUGCAGAGGCCCUUUGUCCAAGGUGAUACAGGUGGACUCCCUUUGGGUAAUCUGCCCUCCGGCAGCCCAAUGGACUCCUACCCGGCCCUCUGCCAGUCUCCUUUCCUGGACUCUAGGGAGCGCGGGGGCUUCUUUAGCCCAGAACCCGGUGAGCCAGACAGCCCUUGGACGGGCUCAGGGGGCACCACGCCCUCCACCCCUACCACCCCCACCACAGAGGGCGAGGGCGACGGGCUCUCCUAUAGCCAGCGGAGUCUGCAGCGCUGGGAGAAGGAUGAGGAGUUGGGCCAGCUCUCCACCAUCUCCCCUGUGCUCUAUGCCAACAUUAACUUUCCUAAUCUCAAGCAAGAUUACCCAGACUGGUCCAGCCGUUGCAAACAGAUCAUGAAGCUCUGGAGAAAGGUCCCAGCAGCUGACAAAGCCCCCUACCUGCAAAAGGCCAAAGAUAACCGGGCAGCACACCGCAUCAACAAGGUGCAGAAGCAGGCUGAGAGCCAGAUCAACAAGCAGACCAAGGUGGGCGACCCAGCCCGUAAGACUGAUCGACCGGCCCUGCAUCUCCGCAUUCCCCCCCAGCCGGGGGCCCUGGGCAGCCCGCCCCCUGCUGCCGCCCCUGCCGUUUUCAUUGGCAGCCCCACUCCCCCCGCCGGCAUGUCUACCUCCGCGGACGGGUUCCUGAAGCCGCCAGCGGGCACCGUGCCCGGCCCCGACUCGCCCGGUGAGCUCUUCCCCAAGCUCCCACCCCAGGUGCCCGCCCAAGUGCCUUCGCAGGACCCCUUUGGACUGGCCCCUGCCUACGCCCUGGAGCCCCGCUUCCCUGCGGCACCACCCGCCUACCCUACCUAUCCUAGUCCAGCUGGGGCCCCUGCGCAGCCCCCAGUGCCCGGUGCCUCUGUUCGUCCUGGGACUGGCCUGCCAGGGGAAUUCCAUGGCACUCCCCCUGGCACUCCCCGACACCAGCCCUCCACACCUGACCCCUUUCUUAAGCCCCGCUGCCCCUCACUGGACAACCUGGCUGUGCCUGAGAGCCCAGGGGUAGGGGGAGGCAAGGCUUCUGAGCCCCUGCUCUCACCCCCACCUCUUGGGGAGUCCCGCAAGGCCCUGGAGGUGAAGAAGGAAGAACUUGGGACAUCCUCCCCGAGCUAUGGGCCCCCAAACCUGGGUUUUGUUGACCCACCCUCCUCAGGCCCCCACCUUGGUGGCCUGGAGUUGAAGGCCCCUGACGUCUUCAAAGCCCCGCUGACCCCUCGGGCAUCUCAGGUAGAGCCCCAGAGCCCGGGCUUGGGCCUCCGGCCCCAGGAGCCACCCCCUGCCCAGGCUUUGGCUCCUUCUCCCCCAAGCCACCCGGACAUCUUUCACCCUGGCCCCUACCCUGACCCCUAUGCCCAGCCCCCAUUGACUCCUCGGCCCCAGCCCCAGCCCCCUGAGAGCUGCUGUGCCCUGCCCCCUCGUUCACUGCCCUCUGACCCUUUCUCCCGAGUGCCCGCCAGUCCUCAGUCCCAGUCCAGCUCCCAGUCACCAUUGACGCCCCGUCCUCUGUCUGCCGAGGCUUUCUGCCCGUCCCCUGUCACCCCUCGCUUCCAGUCCCCUGACCCUUACUCCCGCCCACCCUCACGCCCUCAGUCCCGUGACCCGUUCGCCCCGUUGCAUAAGCCUCCCCGACCCCAGCCCUCUGAAGUUGCCUUUAAGGCUGGGCCUCUGGCCCACACUCCCCUGGGGGCCGGGGGCUUCCCAGCAGCCCUGCCCUCGGGGCCAACUGGUGAGCUCCACGCCAAGGUCCCAAGUGGGCAGCCCCCCAGUUUUGCCCGUUCUCCUGGGACAGGCGCAUUUGUGAGCACCCCAUCUCCUAUGCGUUUCACUUUCCCUCAGGCAGUGGGGGAGCCUUCCCUCAAGCCCCCUGCCCCUCAGCCUGGUCUCCCUCCACCCCAUGGGAUCAACAGCCAUUUUGGGCCCGGCCCCACUUUGGGCAAGCCUCAAAGCACAAACUACGCAGUAGCCACGGGGAACUUCCACCCAUCGGGCAGCCCCCUGGGGCCCGGCAGCGGGUCCACAGCAGAGGGCUAUGGGCUGUCCCCGCUACGCCCCACGUCAGUUCUGCCACCACCUGCACCCGACGGAUCCCUCCCCUACCUGUCCCAUGGAGCCUCACAGCGGGCCAGCAUCACCUCUCCAGUCGAAAAGCGAGAAGAACCAGGGGCUGGAAUGAGUAGCUCUUUGGUGGCACCUGAACUCCCAGGUACCCAGGACCCUGGCAUGUCCAGCCUCAGCCAGACAGAGCUGGAGAAGCAGCGACAGCGCCAGCGACUCCGUGAGCUGCUGAUUCGGCAGCAGAUCCAGCGCAACACCCUGCGGCAGGAGAAGGAAACAGCUGCGGCAGCUGCAGGAGCUGUGGGGCCCCCUGGCGGCUGGGGUGCUGAGCCCAGCAGCCCUGCCUUUGAGCAGCUGAGCCGGGGCCAGGCCCCCUUUGCUGGGACUCAGGAUAAGGGCAGUCUCAUGGGCUUACCCCCCAGCAAGCUGGGUGGCUCUGUCCUGGGGCCAGGAGCCUUCCCCAGUGAUGAUCGACUCUCACGGCCACCUCCCCCAGCCACGCCUUCCUCCAUGGAUGUGAAUAACCGGCAACUGGUAGGAGGCUCCCAGGCCUUCUAUCAGCGAACGCCCUAUCCUGGGUCCCUGCCCUUGCAGCAGCAGCAGCAGUUGUGGCAGCAGCAGCAGCAGCAGCAGGCAACAGCAGCAGCCUCCAUGCGACUCUCCAUGUCCACUCGUUUCCCAUCAGCUCCUGGACCUGAGCUUAGUCGCCAAGCCCUGGGGUCCCCCGUAGCAGGAAUUCCCACCCGCUUGCCAGGCCCUGGCGAGCCAGUGCCUGGUCCGGCUGGUCCUGCCCAGUUUAUCGAGUUGAGGCACAAUGUACAGAAAGGACUAGGACCUGGGGGAGCUCCAUUUCCUGGUCAAGGCCCCCCUCAGAGACCUCGUUUUUACCCUGUCAGUGAAGACCCCCAUCGACUGGCUCCGGAAGGGCUGCGGGGCCUGGCGCUGUCAGGCCUUCCUCCACAGAAACCCUCAGCCCCACCGGCCCCUGAGCUGAGCAACAGCCUCCAUCCCCCAUCCCACACCAAGGGUCCCACCCUUCCGGCUGGCUUGGAGCUGGUCAGCCGGCCACCCUCGAGUACAGAGCUUGGCCGCCCCCCUCCUCUGGCCCUGGAGCCGGGGAAGUUAGCCUGCGAGGAUCCUGAGCUGGAUGAUGACUUUGAUGCCCACAAGGCACUAGAGGAUGAUGAAGAGCUCGCUCACCUGGGGCUAGGUGUGGAUGUGGCCAAGGGUGACGAUGAACUGGGCACCCUGGAGAACCUGGAGACCAACGACCCCCACCUGGAUGACCUGCUCAACGGAGAUGAGUUUGAUCUACUGGCCUACACGGACCCGGAGCUGGACACUGGGGACAAGAAGGACAUCUUCAAUGAGCACCUGAGGCUGGUGGAGUCAGCUAACGAGAAGGCCGAGCGGGAAGCCCUGCUGCGGGGGGUGGAGCCAGGAGCCUUGGGCCCUGAGGAGCGCCCUGCCCCCGUUUCUGAUGCCGCUGAGCCCCGCCUGGCAUCCGUGCUCCCAGAGGUGAAGCCCAAGGUGGAGGAGGGUGGGCGCCACCCCUCCCCUUGCCAAUUCACCAUCACGACCCCCAAGGUAGAGCCAGCACCUGCUACCACUUCCCUUGGCCUAGGCAUGAAGCCGGGGCAAACUGUGAUGGGCAGCCGAGAGCCCCGGAUUGGUACAGGGCCAUUUUCCAGCAGUGGGCACGCAGCGGAGAAAGCCCCCUUUGGGGCCACAGGAGGACCACCAGCUCACCUGCUAGCCCCAAGCCCACUGAGUGGCCCAGGAGGAUCCUCCCUGUUGGAUAAGUUUGAGCUCGAGAGUGGGUCCUUGAGCUUGCCCGGUGGCCCUGCAGCAUCUGGGGAUGAGCUGGACAAGAUGGAGAGCUCCCUGGUGGCCAGCGAUCUGCCCCUGCUCAUUGAGGACCUGUUGGAACAUGAGAAGAAGGAGCUGCAGCAGCGGCAGCAGCUCUCAGCACAGCUGCAGCCGACUCCGCAGCAGCAGCAGCAGCAGCAGCAGCAGCAGCAUCCUCUGCUGUCCGCAGCAGGCCCUGCCCAGGCCAUGCCUCUGCCCCAUGAAGGCUCUUCUCCGAGUCUGUCUGGACCCCAACAGCAGCUUUCCCUGGGUAUCGGAGGGGCACGGCAGCCAGGCUUGGGCCAGCCGCUGAUGCCUACCCAGCCGCCGGCCCAUGCCCUCCAGCAGCGCUUGGCCCCAUCCAUGACCAUGGUGUCCAACCAAGGGCACAUGCUAAGUGGGCAGCACGGGGGGCAGGCAGGCUUGGUGCCCCAGCAGAGCCCACAGCCAGUGCUGUCCCAGAAGCCCAUGGGCGCCAUGCCACCUUCCAUGUGCAUGAAGCCUCAGCAGCUGGCAGUACAGCAACAGCUGGCUAACAGCUUCUUCCCAGAUACAGACCUGGAUAAAUUUGCUGCUGAAGAUAUCAUUGAUCCUAUUGCAAAAGCCAAGAUGGUGGCUCUGAAAGGCAUUAAGAAAGUGAUGGCUCAGGGCAGCAUUGGGGUGGCACCCGGUAUGAACAGGCAGCAAGUGUCCCUACUAGCCCAGAGGCUCUCAGGGGGACCUGGCAGUGAUCUGCAGAAUCAUGUGGCACCUGGGAGUGGCCAGGAACGGAAUGCUGGUGACCCCUCCCAGCCUCGUCCCAACCCACCCACUUUUGCCCAGGGAGUGAUCAACGAGGCUGACCAGCGGCAGUAUGAAGAGUGGCUUUUCCAUACCCAGCAGCUCCUACAGAUGCAGCUAAAGGUGCUUGAGGAACAGAUUGGUGUGCACCGCAAGUCCCGGAAGGCCCUGUGUGCCAAGCAGCGUACUGCCAAAAAGGCUGGCCGUGAGUUCCCGGAAGCUGAUGCCGAAAAGCUCAAGUUGGUUACAGAGCAGCAGAGCAAGAUCCAGAAACAGCUGGAUCAGGUCCGGAAACAGCAGAAAGAGCACACUAACCUCAUGGCAGAGUAUCGGAAUAAGCAGCAGCAGCAGCAGCAACAGCAGCAGCAGCAGCAGCAGCAGCAGCAACAGCAGCAUCAGCACUCAGCCGUAUUGGCUCUUAGUCCUUCCCAGAGUCCCCGGCUACUCACCAAGCUCCCUGGGCAGCUACUCCCUGGCCAUGGGCUGCAGCCACUACAGGGGCCCCCAGGUGGGCAAGCUGGAGGUCUCCGCCUGCCCCCGGCGGGUAUGGCACUGCCUGGACAGCCUGGUGGCCCCUUCCUCAACUCAUCCCUGGCUCAGCAGCAGCAGCAACAGCAGCAUUCUGGUGGGGCUGGAUCCCUGGCGGGCCCUUCCGGGGGCUUCUUCCCUGGCAACCUUGCUCUUCGAAGCCUCGGACCUGACUCAAGGCUUCUGCAGGAAAGGCAGCUGCAGCUGCAGCAGCAGCGCAUGCAACUGGCCCAGAAACUGCAGCAGCAGCACCAGCAGCACCUCCUAGGCCAAGUGGCAAUCCAGCAGCAGCAGGGGCCAGGGGUGCAGGCGAACCAGGCUCUGGGCCCCAAGCCCCAGGGGCUUCUGCCCCCUAGCAACCACCAAGGUCUUCUCGUCCAGCAGCUGUCCCCUCAACCACCCCAGGGGCCCCAAGGCAUGCUGGGCCCUGCUCAGGUGGCAGUAUUGCAGCAGCAGCACCCUGGAGCUUUGGGUCCCCAGGGCCCUCACAGACAGGUGCUUAUGACCCAGAAUCGGGUGCUGAGUUCCCCCCAGCUGGCACAGCAGGGUCAGGGCCUUAUGGGACACCGGCUGGUCACAGCCCAACAGCAGCAGCAGCAACAGCAGCAGCAGCAGCACCAACAGCAGGGAUCCAUGGCAGGGCUUUCCCAUCUUCAGCAGGGGUUGAUGUCACACAGUGGGCAGCCUAAACUGAAUGCCCAGUCCAUGGGCUCCCUGCAGCAGCAGCAGCUCCAGCAGCAACAGCAGUUCCAGCAGCAACAGCAGCAGCUCCAGCAACAGCAGCAGCUACAACAGCAACAGUUGCAGCAGCAGCAGCAGCAGCAGCAGAUGGGCCUUUUGAACCAGAGUCGAACUUUACUGUCUCCUCAGCAGCCGCAGCAGCAGGUGACACUUGGCCCCGGCAUGCCAGCCAAGCCUCUUCAACACUUUUCUAGCCCCGGAGCCCUGGGCCCAACCCUCCUCCUGCCGGGCAAGGAACAAAAUGUAGAGACGGCGCUUCCUUCAGAGGGCACUGAGGGGUCCUCUGCCCAUCAGGGAGGAGGGCCGCUAGCAGUAGGGGCUACACCUGAGCCAAUGGCUGCUGAACCAGGGGAGGUAAAGCCUUCACUCUCUGGGGACUCACAACUCCUGCUUGUCCAACCCCAAGCCCAGCCUCAGCCCAGCUCCCUACAGCUACAGCCACCUCUGAGGCUCCCAGGACAACAGCAGCAGCAGCAAGUUAAUUUGCUCCACACAGCAGGCGUAGGAAGCCAUGGGCAGCUAGGCAGCGGAUCAUCUUCUGAGGCCUCAGCCAUGCCCCACCUUCUGGUCCAACCAUCUGUUUCCUUAGGGGACCAGCCUGGACCCAUGACCCAGAACCUUCUCGGCCCCCAGCCGCCCCUUGGGCUCGAGCGGCCCAUGCAGAAUAAUACAGGGCAACAGCCUCCCAAGCCGGGACCUGUCCCCCAGCCCGGGCAGGCUCUGUCUGGGGUUGGAGUCAUGCCUACAGUGGGUCAGCUUCGAGCACAGCUCCAAGGAGUCUUGGCCAAAAACCCACAGCUGCGGCACUUGAGUCCUCAGCAGCAGCAGCAGCUCCAGGCCCUCCUCGUGCAGCGGCAGCUGCAGCAGAGUCAGGCAGUACGCCAGACUCCACCGUACCAGGAGCCUGGGACCCAGCCCUCUCCCCUCCAGGGCCUCCUGAGCUGCCAGCCACAACCUGGGGGCUUCCCUGGAUCCCAGACAGGCCCCCUCCAGGAGCUGGGAGCAGGACCUCGACCUCAGGGCCCACCCCGGCUCCCUGUCCCACAAGGAGCCUUAUCCACAGGACCAGCCCUCGGCCCUGUGCACCCCACACCUCCACCAUCCAGCCCCCAAGAGCCAAAGAGACCCUCCUCACAGUUACCUUCCCCCAGUGCCCAGCUUACCCCCACCCACCCAGGGACUCCAAAGCCACAGGGGCCAACCUUGGAGUUGCCUCCGGGGAGGGUCUCACCUGCUGCCGCCCAGCACACGGAUACCUUCUUUGGCAAGGGUCUGGGACCUUGGAAUCCCCCAGACAACCUAGCAGAAACCCAGAAGCCAGAGCAGAGCAGCCUGGUAGCUGGGCAGCUGGAGCAGGUGAACGGACAGGCGGUGCCUGAGCCACCCCAACUCAGCAUCAAGCAGGAGCCUCGGGAGGAGCCGUGUGCCCUGGGAGCCCAGGUGGUGAAGAGGGAGGCCAAUGGGGAGCCAGUAGGGACACCAGGUACCAGCAACCACCUCCUGCUGGCAGGCCCCCGCUCAGAGGCUGGGCAUCUGCUCUUGCAGAAGCUUCUACGAGCAAAGAAUGUGCAACUCAGCGCUGGGCGGGGGCCUGAGGGGCUGCGAACUGAGAUCAACGGGCACAUUGACAGCAAGUUGGCUGGGCUGGAGCAGAAACUGCAGGGUACUCCCAUCAACAAGGAGGAUGCGGCAGCAAGGAAGCCUCUGACACCGAAGCCCAAGCGGGUGCAGAAGGCCGGCGACAGGUUGGUGAGCUCCCGGAAGAAGCUGCGGAAGGAGGACGGGGUGAGGGCCAGUGAGGCCCUACUGAAACAGCUGAAACAGGAGCUGUCCCUGCUGCCCCUAACGGAGCCUACCAUCACCGCCAACUUUAGCCUCUUUGCUCCCUUUGGCAGUGGCUGCCCGAUCAGCGGGCAGAGCCAGCUGAGGGGGGCCUUUGGAAGUGGGGCACUGCCCACUGGCCCCGACUACUACUCCCAGCUGCUUACCAAGAAUAACCUGAGUAACCCGCCGACACCACCCUCGUCGCUGCCCCCCACCCCACCCCCAUCGGUGCAGCAGAAGAUGGUGAACGGUGUCACUGCGUCCGAGGAGCUGGGGGAGCACCCCAAGCACGCUCCGGCUGCCCGCGACACGGAAGGGACGCCGCGGGAUGCUUCUGAGGUAAAGAGUCUGGACCUGCUGGCCGCCUUGCCUACCCCACCUCACAAUCAGACUGAGGACGUCAGGAUGGAGAGCGAUGAAGACAGCGACUCCCCUGACAGCAUUGUGCCGGCGUCGUCUCCUGAGAGCAUCCUGGGGGAGGAGGCCCCUCGCUUCCCUCAGCUGGGCUCUGGCCGGUGGGAACAGAAUGACCGGGCCCUUUCCCCUGUCAUCCCCAUCAUCCCUCGGGCCAGCAUCCCAGUCUUUGCAGACACCAAACCUUACAUGGCCCUCGACCUGGACAUCCCAGGAAAGCUACCUGCCACAACUUGGGAAAAGGGCAAAGGAAGUGAGGUGUCCGUCAUGCUCACGGUCUCUGCGGCCGCAGCCAAGAACCUCAAUGGUGUGAUGGUGGCCGUGGCAGAGCUGCUGAGCAUGAAGAUCCCCAACUCCUAUGAGGUGCUGUUCCCCGAGAGCCCUGCCCGGGCAGGCGUGGAGCCCAAGAAGGGGGAGGCCGAGGGUCCUGGAGGGAAAGAAAAGGGCCUGGGUGGCAAGAGCCCGGAGGCUGGCCCCGAGUGGCUGAAGCAGUUUGAUGCAGUGCUGCCCGGCUACAGCCUCAAAAGCCAACUGGACAUCUUGAGCCUCCUGAAGCAGGAGAGUCCCGCCCCAGAGCCGCCCACCCAGCACAGCUACACCUACAAUGUCUCCAAUCUGGACGUGCGACAGCUCUCUGCCCCGCCCCCUGAGGAGCCCUCCCCGCCCCCAUCCCCCUUGGCACCCUCUCCUGCCAGCCCGCCUGCUGAGCCCCUAGUUGAACUUCCGUCGGAACCCUCGGCUGAGCCACCUAUGCCCUCCCCUCUGCCGCUGGCCUCGUCCCCUGAAUCGGUGCGGCCCAAGCCCCGAGCCCGGCCCCCUGAGGAAGGUGAAGACUCCCGUCCGCCUCGUCUCAAGAAGUGGAAGGGGGUGCGCUGGAAGCGGCUACGCCUGCUGCUGACCAUCCAGAAGGGCAGCGGGCGUCAGGAGGACGAGCGGGAAGUGGCCGAGUUCAUGGAGCAGCUCGGCACGGCCUUGCGGCCAGACAAGGUGCCUCGGGACAUGCGGCGCUGCUGCUUCUGUCACGAGGAGGGUGACGGGGCCACGGAUGGGCCCGCCCGCCUGUUGAACUUGGACCUGGACCUGUGGGUGCACCUCAAUUGUGCCCUGUGGUCCACGGAGGUGUAUGAGACCCAGGGUGGGGCACUGAUGAAUGUGGAGGUUGCCCUCCACCGAGGCCUGCUCACCAAGUGCUCCCUGUGCCAGCGAACCGGUGCCACCAGCAGCUGCAACCGCAUGCGUUGCCCCAACGUCUACCACUUUGCCUGUGCCAUCCGCGCCAAGUGCAUGUUCUUCAAGGACAAGACCAUGCUGUGUCCCAUGCACAAGAUCAAGGGUCCCUGUGAGCAGGAGCUGAGCUCUUUUGCGGUCUUCCGGCGGGUCUACAUCGAGCGGGACGAGGUGAAGCAGAUCGCCAGCAUCAUCCAGCGAGGAGAACGGCUGCACAUGUUCCGUGUGGGGGGCCUCGUGUUCCAUGCUAUUGGGCAGCUGCUCCCUCACCAGAUGGCCGACUUCCACAGUGCCACCGCCCUCUACCCCGUGGGCUAUGAGGCCACACGCAUCUACUGGAGCCUCCGCACCAACAACCGGCGCUGCUGCUACCGCUGCUCCAUUGGUGAGAACAACGGGCGGCCCGAGUUCAUGGUCAAAGUCAUGGAGCAAGGCCUGGAGGAUCUGACCUUCACCGACGCCUCUCCCCAGGCCGUGUGGAAUCGCAUCAUUGAGCCUGUGGCAGCCAUGAGGAAAGAGGCUGACAUGCUGCGGCUCUUCCCUGAGUACCUGAAAGGCGAGGAGCUCUUUGGGCUGACAGUGCACGCGGUGCUCCGCAUAGCUGAAUCGCUGCCCGGGGUGGAAAGCUGUCAGAACUAUUUGUUCCGCUAUGGACGCCACCCUCUGAUGGAGCUGCCCCUCAUGAUCAACCCCACUGGCUGUGCACGAUCAGAACCCAAGAUCCUGACACACUACAAACGCGUUUUCACAUCCAUUAUCUCAUUUGAUCCUCACAACAACCUUAUGAGGCCCCACACCCUGAACAGCACCAGCAUGUCUAAGGCGUAUCAGAGCACCUUCACAGGCGAGACCCACACCCCAUAUAGCAAGCAGUUUGUGCACUCCAAGUCGUCUCAGUACCGGCGGCUGCGCACCGAGUGGAAGAACAACGUGUAUCUGGCUCGCUCCCGGAUCCAGGGCCUGGGGCUCUAUGCCGCCAAGGACCUAGAGAAGCACACGAUGGUCAUCGAGUACAUCGGCACCAUCAUUCGCAACGAGGUGGCCAACCGGCGGGAGAAAAUCUACGAGGAGCAGAAUCGAGGCAUCUACAUGUUCCGAAUUAACAAUGAACAUGUGAUUGAUGCUACAUUGACCGGAGGCCCUGCCAGGUACAUCAACCAUUCCUGUGCCCCUAACUGUGUGGCGGAGGUUGUGACAUUUGACAAAGAGGACAAAAUCAUCAUCAUCUCCAGCCGGCGAAUCCCCAAAGGAGAAGAGCUGACCUAUGACUAUCAGUUUGAUUUUGAGGACGAUCAGCACAAGAUCCCCUGCCACUGUGGAGCCUGGAAUUGUCGGAAAUGGAUGAACUGAGAAGCUUUGAGGCUACCAGGCAGGGGAGUCCACCCACCCCCAACCUCUUCCCUGAAAGGGAUGAGGGGGAAGAGAGGUAGCAGCCAGAGCCAGGACCCAGGGCUGGGGCUGCCGGCUGACCGGAGCCCCUGGCACAGGAGGCUGGGGCAGAGGGCCCUAGGCCAAGCCCACCCUGGGCACCAGGGACAACCCCUUCCCCGCCACCGGCCCUCAGGCUGGCAUCUCUGCCCCCAACUCCAGGAGGGGCCAGACAGAAGCAGCCAUUGGGCAUCUCAGGUUUGAGGGGGAUACGGGCCUGGAGCUACCCAGAAGCCUCUGGGAGGCAGCAGGGAAGAGAGGAGGAUGUGGGGCCUCACAGCCCUGCUGCUCCCUCUGACUCCUCCAGCCCAACUCCAGGCUGCAAAAGAGACUUGACUAAGCUUGACAAUCCCAAAGGCCGGGUCCCACACCUGGCCCUGCCUGCCGGGUCCUGCCCCCACCCUCACUCCCACCCCCUUCCCUCUUGAUCUGUCUCUGUCUCCCUCUUCUCCUCUGUGUUUCUGUCUCUCUAUGGGUUGUGUUUCCUUGUUUUCCACUCUGACAAAUGCAACGUGAAUGGGAAAGAGGCGCCCGAGCUGCCCGGGAGGGCAAGCUGGGCAAGCCGGGCAAGGAGACCCCGCACCCACACCUACCUCAUUUAAGUGUUGGAUUUUUUGCUGUUUUGAAAUGUGAGACCCUCUCCAAGCCCCCCGACUGCCCCAACCCUCUCCCCCACCUCACUGCCCUCUUCUGAGUGGGUGGAAGAGGGGGCAGGAGGAGGAAGAAAAAACAACAACAAAAAAUCCAUCUUUGUUUUUAAUUCUGGGCAUGGGAUGGUGGUUGAGGCAAAUGAUGGUGAAGAUUGGGGAUGACUGGCCCCUGGUUGCUCUGGGAGUUCCUUCUCCGUCUGGACACAGGAGGGGCAUGCUAAACCUAGGACCAGGCUGUCUCCCUCCUCUUCUCCCAACCUCCUCAUGCGCCCAUUGGCCCUCCGGCCCCUGCAUGGGGUGGGCGGGAUGGGUGAGGGCUGGCCUGAGAGGCGUGCCCGCACCCAGUGAGGCAGGGUGUGGCCCGGAGCUCCCACUUGCCCUCAGUCACCAAACUGCUGCUGGUCUGGUGGGAAGGGGUGGUGGUGCGGGGUGGGGAGCUUAGUGUCAGCGCGGGGAGGGUGGGGGGUAUUUAUCUAUUUAUACAUGGGGUUGUACAUAGUCGUGUGGGGCACGGGGGAGCCGGCUGGAGGUGAGAACCCUCCCCUCUCCCCCACCCCCCGGGGAGAGCAAAUGUAAAACUACUAAUUUUUGUGCUUUAUAUAUUCUAUAUAAAUAUAUCUAUUUUCUUUUUACAAAACCAGUUUAUAAAUGGUAGGGGGGCGUGGGGCGGACACAUGGAGCUCCCCUUGUGGGGGGGCCCCCUCCAUUACCCAACCUACCGCCCUUUUCCUCACCCCCCCCCCACUCCCUACCCCCUGGCGAUGACUGCUGUAAGGUGGGGGUACAGAGAGAGGCCGGGCGAUUCCCACCCGCUUGUAUCGUUGGACUACGUUAUAACGCACAAAAGUGAGCUGACCCCAGCGGGGGAGCCAGAGGCCGAGGGGUUCCCCGCCUCCCCUUCCCCUUCCUGCCCAAGCUUGUGCUGCAGUUGAACCUCUUUCCGGGGGUGAGGGUAGGGUGGGGGCUGGGUGAGGCCCCGGACCCCUCCUCUAGUGGGGAGCCAUGGGAAUGAAGAUGAAGCUUAUAUGCAGUUCUCUCCUAAGGGGCUGUGGGCAAAGGGCAUUUUGUAAUUAAUAUUUUCAAGAAUCAAAUGUCUGGAGUGUAGGAGUGGGCUUGGUGGCAAUGGAUGGGCAGGCCUGCUGGAGGGGGAGCACAAAUUGCUGUUGUGAUUUUAGGUUUGUUUUUGUUUUGUUUUGAAUUGGGGGGGGUCGUGAAUUGGGGGUAGGGAGUUUUUUUUUUUUUUUAAGCUGCUUCCUCAACCGUUUCAAGCUGCAGAUGUUUUAAGAGAGCACCCCCACUCCGGCGGGAACCGCUAUAAUUAAGUCAGACAGUGGGGAGACUGGGCUGCCCCCAAAGCCACAGCCCUUGGACCCUUUUCCAAGAGCGAAAGGUCUAGGCUACAGGGAGGGGGAGAUUGGCUCCUAUGAGUCAGGCUCUGGUUGGGGCUUGGGCCCUUGGAUUGGGAAAAGGAGAAGGGGCAGACUUUGUAAGCAUAUGCUAGGUAUCCAAUAGUCCUGUAGAACUUAGUAAAGAAACCUUAUACAGUUUUUAAUUUUUAUAUAAACUAUAACUCAGA